GCCCAAGAAUGGCCUGAGCUCGCCCAGUGCCCCAGCCUGCCGCAGCAUCAGCGGUCCCUGAGCACUCAGUGAGUUGAGCAAGUGUUAAAAUUCCGAAGUAGGAAGAGACCCCGCAGGGUAUAAACUCUGGCUGAGGGUGGAGCGGAGGACUUUUAAGAGAGAAAGGAAAGGAGAGAGGGAGAGGGAGAGAGAGAGAGAGAAAGAGAAAAGGAGAGGGGUGGGGGUUGAAAAUUCCAAGGCUGAUCCAGCUAGCUGCCAACUUGAAGUCUUCAGCUCGCACUCUUGAGUUCUCUGCAAGGCUGGAACUUCGCUUAGAUCCAGAAGAAGUGAUUCCGAGAGUGUGGGCUCGAGAAGAGCGCGGACGCGCGAGUGGGACGGGUGGGGGUUGUCCGCAGAGCAUGGCAGUGCGGGGCGAGGCCGCCCAAGACCUAGCCAAGCCGGGCCUCGGAGGGGCGAGUCCCGCCCGGGUGGCAAGAGGGGACCACCGCCAUCGUGGCGAGUCCUCCCCAUCCCGUCGGGGCUCCGGCUGUUGUUGGGGAGCCCUGGCGCUGCAGCCGCUCCGGCGCUCGCCUCAACUCUCCUCGGCGCUGUGCGCGGGCUCCCUGUCGGUGCUGCUGGCGCUGCUGGUGAGGCUGGUCGGCGGGGAGGUCGGAGGCGAGCUGGAGACGAGUCAGGAGGCGGCGGCCGAGGAGGAGGAGGAGGAAGGAGCCCGAGGGGGCGUCUUCCCCGGCCCUCGGGGAGGUGCUCCCGGGGGCGGCGCGCAGCUCAGCCCUUGGCUGCAGCCGGCCGCACUGCUCUUCAGUCUCCUGUGCGCCUUCUUCUGGAUGGGCUUGUGCCUGCUGCGCGCCGGGGUGCGCCUGCCUCUGGCCGUCGCGCUGUUGGCCGCCUGCUGCGCCGGGGAAGCGCUGGUGCAGCUCUCCUUGGGCGUGGGGGACGGUCGCCUGCUGUCGCUGCCCGCCGCGGGGGUCCUGCUCAGCUGCCUAGGUGGCGCGACAUGGCUGGUGCUGAGGCUGAGGCUGGGAGUCCUCAUGGUCGCCUGGACUAGCGUGCUCAGGACGGUGGCCCUGGUUUCUUUGGAGAGGUUCAAGGUCGCCUGGAGACCUUACCUGGCAUACUUGGCGGCCGUGCUUGGGCUGCUGCUGGCCAGGUACGCCGAGCAGAUCCUGCCGCAGUGCUCCGGGCCGGCUCCGCCCAGGGAGCGGUUUGGGUCCCAGUUGAGCGCGAGGACCAAGGAAGAGAUUCCGGGGUGGAAGAGGAGGAGGCGGUCCAGCUCGGUAGUGGCCGGCGAGAUGUCCGGCUGCAGUAGCAAGUCUCACCGGAGGACCUCCCUGCCCUGCAUACCCAGGGAGCAGCUCAUGGGCCAUUCAGAAUGGGACCACAAGAGAGGGCCACGGGGAUCCCAGUCAGGAACCAGCAUCACUGUGGAUAUUGCCGUGAUGGGUGAGGCCCAUGGCCUCAUUACCGACCUCCUGGCCGACCCUUCUCUGCCCCCGAAUGUGUGUACAUCCUUGAGGGCCGUAAGCAACUUGCUCAGCACCCAGCUCACCUUCCAGGCCAUCCACAAGCCCAGAGUGAACCCCACCGUGACCUUCAGUGAGAACUAUACCUGCUCGGACUCUGAGGAAGGCUUGGAGAAAGACAAGCAGACCAUUUCCAAGCGCCUGAGAAGAAGUUUGCCUCCAGGCUUACUGAGAAGAGUCUCGUCAACCUGGACAACUACCACCUCUGCCACAGGUCUGCCCACCUUGGAGCCUGCGCCAGUGCGGAGGGAUCGCAGUGCCAGCAUCAAGCCGCAGGAAGCCCCUUCACCCAGUGCUGUCAAUCCUGACUCUUGGAAUGCCCCAGGGUUGACGACUCUCACCAAAAGCAGAUCCUUCACUUCAUCCUAUGCUGUCUCUGCAGCUAACCAUGUAAAAGCUAAAAAGCAAAACAGGCCAGGUGGCCUUGCUAAAAUUUCUCCCGUUCCCUCACCCUCCUCCUCACCUCCCGAAGGAUCACCUGCCAGCAGUCCUGUCAGCAACAGUGCUUCACAACAGUUCCCAGAAUCCCCUGAAGUAACCAUCAAGCGAGGCCCUGGAUCUCACAGGGCCUUAACUUACACCCAAAGUGCCCCUGACCUGUCCCCUCAGAUCCCGCCCCCAUCUGUCAUAUGUAGCAGCUGUGGCAGACCUUAUUCGCAAGGGAAUCCUGCUGAUGGACCCUCAGAGAGAAGUGGCCCAGCCAUGCUGAAACCAAACAGAACAGAUGACACUUGUCAAGUUACCUCCGAUUAUGAGACAAACAACAACAGUGACAGCAGUGACAUUCUGCAGAAUGAAGAGGAAGCUGAGUGCCAGAGAGAACCCCAGAGGAAAGCAUCGGCUUGUGGCACCUAUACUUCCCAGACCAUGAUCUUCCUGGACAAACCAAUCCUUGCUCCAGAACCCUUGGUCAUGGAUAACCUGGACUCAAUUAUGGAUCAGUUGAACACCUGGAAUUUUCCAAUUUUUGAUUUAAUGGAAAAUAUAGGAAGAAAAUGUGGCCGUAUUCUGAGCCAGGUAUCAUACAGACUGUUUGAAGACAUGGGGCUCUUUGAAGCCUUUAAAAUCCCGGUUAGGGAGUUUAUGAAUUACUUUCAUGCUUUGGAGAUCGGAUACAGGGACAUUCCUUAUCAUAACAGAAUCCAUGCCACCGAUGUUUUACAUGCUGUGUGGUAUCUCACAACGCAGCCGAUUCCUGGCCUCCCAAGUGUGAUUGGUGAUCACGGCUCAGCAAGCGACUCCGAUUCUGACAGUGGAUUUACACACGGACACAUGGGAUAUGUGUUUUCAAAAAUGUAUCAUGUGCCAGAUGACAAAUAUGGAUGCCUGUCUGGGAAUAUUCCAGCCCUAGAGUUGAUGGCUCUGUACGUUGCUGCAGCCAUGCAUGACUACGAUCACCCAGGGAGGACAAAUGCUUUCCUGGUUGCCACUAGUGCCCCUCAGGCGGUGCUAUACAACGACCGUUCUGUUCUGGAGAACCAUCACGCGGCUGCAGCCUGGAAUCUCUUCAUGUCCCGGCCAGAGUAUAACUUCUUAGUUAACCUGGACCACGUGGAGUUCAAGCACUUCCGCUUCCUAGUCAUCGAAGCAAUUUUGGCUACUGACCUGAAGAAACACUUUGACUUUGUAGCCAAAUUUAACGCCAAGGUGAACGAUGAUGUUGGGAUAGAUUGGACCAAUGAAAACGACCGUCUCCUGGUGUGUCAGAUGUGUAUAAAGCUGGCGGACAUCAACGGGCCUGCUAAAUGCAAAGAGCUCCACCUGCGGUGGACAGAGGGCAUCGCCAGUGAGUUUUAUGAGCAGGGCGAUGAAGAAGCCAGCCUCGGUUUGCCCAUAAGUCCCUUUAUGGACCGCUCUGCCCCGCAGCUGGCCAAUCUUCAGGAAUCCUUUAUCUCACACAUCGUGGGUCCUCUCUGCCACUCCUAUGACUCUGCGGGUCUCAUGCCAGGAAAAUGGGUAGAUGACAAUGAUGAUUCCGGAGACACCGAUGACCCGGAAGAAGAGGAGGAAGAGGCUGAAACACCACACGAGGAAGAAGCCUGUGAAAGCAGUAUAGCUCCCCGAAAGAAAAGUUUCAAAAGAAGGAGAAUCUACUGCCAAAUAACUCAGCACCUUCUGCAGAACCACAUGAUGUGGAAGAAAGUGAUUGAAGAGGAACAGUGUUUAUCAGGCACAGAGAACCAGUCCCUGGACCAGAUCCCUCUGCAGCAUCCCUCAGAGCAGAUCCAGGCUAUCAAGGAGGAAGAGGAAGAGAAGGGGAAGCCAAGAGCAGAGGAGACCCUGGUUCCACAGCCAGACCUGUGACCAUGGGUAGAGCGAGCUGUUGUUGCAGACAGAAUGACUCGUCUCAGACGUUUUCUAAGCCAGCACACUUAGACACAACACUGUAGAUUAUCAGAAGAUUGGCAAAUGGCUAAAGUGUUUGGGGGAAUUCUUCACAUUUUGUGUGUUUAUUUUUACAGUGAGGGACAGCGCUGAAGACUCUAGCUCAAAGAGGCUUUUUCACUUUGCGACACCAGCGUCUAAAGAUUGUUUUAUAAGAAAGAAAUUAUAUGUGUGUGUAUAAAUUCCCACAUAGGCUCAUGUAAGACUCGUAUUCACGCAUACACACAUGCACACUGAGAGCUAGGAUGCCUGACUCCACAAGGUAGUAACAGUCAUAUUAAGAUAUAUAGAGUUCACUGUGACAUAGAAAAUCAUAAAGGACAAGGAACUCAUGAGGAAAUGUGCAGCUUAGAGAGGAAACAGAUGUAGGCUCCAGACUGGGCACCUUUUGUUCUCCCUGCUGAGGGGUGAACAUUUCAGAACAUGGUUGGAAUUCUAAUGCAUACUGCCAACUGUGUGUGUGUGUCUGUGUGUGUGUGUGUGUGUGUGUGUGUGNGNGAGAGAGAGAGAGAGAGAGAGAGAGAGAGAGAGAGAGAGAGAGAGGUGGUCUUGUACAUCUGUGUGCAUGAGAAAAGGGAGAUGUUUAUGACUUUAGUUAUUCCUAGAAUAGCUGUAGCAGGUGAUGAAGUCCAUGUGAACACACAGAGGGAAAUCCUUUCUGCAGUGUCUUUGAAUGAAUGGCAGCCCCCCUUUUAGCUUCUAAGAAGGUUCCUUAGCAGAGGGAGGGCUUAUCUGGGCCAUAUGGGCCAUAUGAUUGGUACCACUGCUACCUGCCACUUGGGGGCACUCUACCACCAGCCUCACACUCAGAAGUCUAAGGCUUUCUGGUCUACCCUGGCUUAAUGAAUGUAUAAGGGGCGCAUGUCACUCACUCAUCUAGGAUCAAUUAGCAUGGAAGGGGAUGGUGUUCUUUACUGGUGGAUACCCAAGAGGAGCUAGAGGGAGCUCUCCAUCAGGUAAGAGUUAACAGGGCACUGGGAAAGUCCUGGUAAAGUAUCUAUAGCAAUGAUACCCUAUGUCUUCUCAAUUUGAUGCAAGAUAUGUUGUAAUAAAGAAGAAAGUCAACAAACUCACCAUGGGUGCUGUGACAAAGGGAUGAAGGCAAAAUGUCAACUUAGGGUUUGGAAGUUGGCCUGGGGAAAGCUGCUCCUUGGCAACUGUUGAAGAUUGUUAGCUCUGACCUCCCUGUUGUGGUCUUCCAUACACUGUGUGAAAGCAUAGCGUGGUUUUGCAGCCUGGUCCAUGGUCAUGCCCCUUUUUGAAAGGAAGAUGGGUGGGGUGUUAUUCUUUAAGGAUAGACUAUUGGAAGCUAUUUGUGUUAUUUUGUUUGUUUUCUACACUUGUUUAUGCUGUGAGCCAAACCUCUAUUUAAAAAGUUGAUACUCACUUUCAAUAUUUUAUUGGAUAUUAUUACGUAUGUCAUGACUAGUUACCAUGAUGUAAAUAUAAAGUUUUGUUGUUGUUGUUGUUUCUGUAGAUAGAAAACUUUUUUUAAAGAAAAAAAGGGGAAAGGGAAACAUUUUAUAGUUAUAUUUUAAUCACCGUUUUUAUACAUUGUAGCUUUCUCCAAGCACAGUAGCUGGGUGAUGGUUUAUUGCGCAGUUUGAGAGUUACCAGCCAUCUGCCUACUCAAGUUUGAUUCAUGAUCUGAUACAGUUGAUUGCUGUUAAAUUAAGGCAUUGAAAAGAUAGCAUCUUUUGCUAACUCAAUUAAUUUGAAGUCUUUCCCUGUCUGAUGAAAGCCUUUCUUAAGCAAAUUGUUAGUAUUUCUCCUAAACUCUGUUGCUUGUAGUUUCUGGUUCAGUGCUAUGUUCACAGACUCCUAGUCAUAGCCUCUGAGACCUGUGCAUAGAUUUCUACCUUUUCACAUCCUUGAUUAUUUACAUUAAAAAUCCCUUUGUCUCCCAAACAUGGAUUAUGUAUCCUUCCCUUCAAAAGCAACAUUUUCUUGUAUUUCACAGCAUUUUUUCCCCUAAUAGACAAAAUAAUGAAAUAAAAAAUCAAGUAUUUCAGGGCAGAUUUUGUUUUUCUAGUUCAGAGGACAAUGCAAAGAGGAUUGGAAGGAUUCGGGCCUCACCCAAACAAUUAGAAUGUGUUUCUAUGCAUUUCUGAGUUAGUGCCAGGGCUUCAGCAGUUAGCAGAUCCUGAAUAAUUUUUUUCUUUUUUUACGGUGGCCAUGUGUCUCUGUUUGUAAAUCUACUCCGAAGCAAGAAUCCUUCUUCAGUGGAGGCAAAUAAAUGUAACUCUUGCCCUGCAAUAGGAAUGAUAGACAAAGCACUUACACUCAUCUACCUGUCACUCAGUAGCUCAUCCACGUGUUCAAGUGGACGCGUGUCUGCAACAUAAAUAUGAGGAGUCAAACAAGCUAGGCAUGGAGUGAGGGCAUGGGCCUAUCCAUUGUGAGUGUUUAUAUUGGAAGUCUGAACAAAGCUGCAGAGUCUGAGUAAGAGUCAGGCUGGUUACAUCAUGAGGAUCUCAGCAAACUGAAGUAACAGAUAAUGCGCAGAGCCUUAGAAACUAUCUGUUCUAGAAUUGUGCUCAUUCAUCCAGGCAGAUUGAUUUUUUUUUUCCUCAAAAAAACAAGUUGUUGUUCUUCUCAACCCAAAACGCAACAAACUGAAUGGAAGGGUGGGAACCCACCAAGUGUGUGACCUAAAGAGCCACCUAAUAAUUCUCAAAGCGUAUCAAAUGACAUCAAAAGUAUUUUCCAUGAAUGACGUUGUCCACCUUCUUGGUGACAGCAAUAUUACUGUAUUCACCUCCAACUUCAGAGUUAACUUCCUGUGGUGCCAAUGUGUUUGAUGUGAUUUACUACAGUUUUAUAUGAGCCUAUACAGGUGCCAUUUGAUAAACUCAGGUCUCCCAGUGGAGGGGUCUCUACCCACUUAGGGAAAAGAUAGUUUUAUAGAUAGCCAUAACAUGUCAGUGGUAGGAGAAAUUGGGAACCAGCUGCUCUCUGUGGAGUAAAAGCCUAAGUGUGUUCUGCAUGUUAUCCAUGGUAUUUUCAACAUAAUAAUUGAAUGUCUUUAUGGUGAUCGAAGCCGGCUGACCUUUUGAGUAGCAUUUCCUUAGUAGAGAGAACCCUUUUUCCUGUUUUACUUAACUGUAAGAAAAAAAAAUGUACUCGUUUAUGUAAGACCUGGUUUUGUUCUCAGUAGGACAUGCACUCAGUAGUCAGUAUAUUGUCAUUUCCUGGCAUUAAGAGAAUUGCCUCCUGUUUGAAAAAGCAUCUGCCUUCCUCUAUCGUUGCACCCUGUUCUGUUUGGGUUUUACUCCAGAACAAGCAUUACACAUUGCAGUUCCAGGAAAGAAAGCGGAGAAGAAGGAAGCGAAUGCCCUGCAGACUGUUUGGUAGCUGUAGAUAUUUGCAAUUUCCCUGUGUCCUCUGGCCUUUCUUUCCCAGAGAACUUUCUUGAAGGUAAAAGCUGUGCAAAAGGCGUGAGACUCAGGCCUACCCUUUGUUUGUUAAAUGAUGGAAAAGUAUAAAUUAUUUUCUAAGUAAUAAAAAUAUGAAAAUUAUCAUUGUAAAUAAAGUCUAAAGCUUGAAAUGACUUCUUUAUAAAAGUGGAGUGUUUGUGUGGUGAACAACUCCUGACCAAUAGGAAAAGAAGAAUCUGCAAUUUCUGUCUGUCCUGCUUGAGGAUAAUCUGGAAUUUCUGACUGUCCUGCUUGAGAACACACUCUUGGUGCCUCCAUGAGGCAGGCACCUCCAUUGAUCUUCCUUAGGGUCUUGGAAGCAUAAAGAGCAGCGGCUUAGCCUUCUCUAUAAUCCUGAAUCUCAUUGGAUGCCUCCCUUGAUUUUUCUGUCAUUAGCAAUUUAAUUGCCUUUACAAUUGGCUGAAGGCCACUGCAACGGGGUUCUAUAGCCUUCCACAGACUAAAUCAAUACUCUACUCUUUAGGUGUGCUGUGGUGUGGGUGAGAGCAAAAAUUUGCAUAUUAGUAGUUCAACCCGAGACAACUAAAUAACACAAUAACCAUGUGCUUUGAAACUGAAGUCAUUUUCUUGCAUUAUCUUGCCCCCUGAGCAAUGAAAUAUUACAUGACCCUUGUUCUAGGUCACUCAUUUCUUCAUGAAUUUGUAAAGGGAAAUCAUGAAUUUUCUGAUAGCAACAUGUUCAAAAAUCUAUCCAAACAUAUUAAAACUGAAGAUAGAUAAAACAAUUCACCAUUUCAAGUAGAAGAGACUUCAGAAUUAAAUUCAUCUUAGAAUGUCUAAUUAAGCUGUAAUCCAUCAGUUUGGGGUCCUGGACCCCAAAUUUAUAUCAUGUUAAUUCAUCCUCCAGUAAAUGCCCCAGUAUUCAUUGAAAACUAAAUUAGAAGUGGAUUGUUAUUAGCCCUUACUAAACUAAACCAUACACUUCAGUCUAGAUGGUUUAUUGUGCUUUUGGUGAGUAUUUUUAUGCCUCACAUGAGGGAACCAUAAUAAGAAUAAGAACAUACUAGUAUACAUUAUACAAGGUGGAUAUCAAUAAACUCUGUUGCUACCUUAUGCUUUGCAUGGGCUAAAAUGUUCUUAUUUCCUAUACUACCUAAUACUGUGUUUUGCCUUGCCUAGUAAUUGGCUUUAUGAUCAUCUAGUAAAUUAACCCUAACAACUGAUGUGAUGUUGUGACUAAGAUAUUUGACCUUCUCUGUGUGGAUACUUUAAAUAUGUCUGCAGAUGCAAAAAUGUAGUUGGUGGGACCUAAUCUGCUCCUUCAAAGCAUAAUGUUGAUCCUUGAGUUUUUAACCUACAAAAGACCAUAAGUACAUAGACUGUGUGUUUUUGUGCUGGGCUGAAGGCUCUAAACUUAUCUGACAUUUCUUAGCAUCAUGUGCUGGCAUCUUAGGUGUAUGCCUCCCCCUCAAACUGGUGUGGAACACAGAGGGGAAAACACCCUUCCUCUAAUAGAUAAAUGUUCACUGGGGCCAUGUUUAAUCCAGACUUGUUGGUUUGCAUUAAGAAGUGGCUCUUUAAUCAUGAAAGCUAACAAGAAGUAAUGCUAAGUCUUGUGUGUCAUUACUGACAGAAGUACUUCAAUUUGAUUUUAUUUCUUGAACCACCCACCAUUCUCUUGGAUUUUGGGGGAUAGGGAUUAAAAUUAACCCCCAAAAGUACUGCUUCUUGGUAUCACAAUGCCCGUAGUUUGGUAAAAUUUAAUGUUUUUCUAGUGCUCUUCAGGGGAAAAUGACUUUUUUUUUGUUUUUUGUUUUUUGUUUUUUUGUGAGACAGGGUCUCUCUGUAUAGCCCUGGCUGUCCUGGAACUCAUUUUGUAGACCAAGCUGGCCUCGAACUCAGAAAUCCACCUGCCUCUGCCUCCCGAGUGCUGGGAUUAAAGGCGUGUGCCACCACGCCCAGCAGAAAAUGAUUUAUAAGGGAAUCAGUAAGUAUACAUUUAAUAAAGUACAUGAAGAACUUAAGUGUCCUCAGGGCAGCUCACAUAGCCUGUAACACCAGUUCCAGGGGAUCUGACACCAUCUUCUGACCUCCUUGGACACUGCAUAUGUGUGGUACACAGAUAUCUCUUCAGGCAAAACACCCAUCUGCAUAAAAUAAAUUUGUACCAAAAAAUACCAAAGAAUGUAAGUGCCCAAAUUGCAAUCUAAGUUCCUACGAGUUACCCCAGUGCACAGGGAGGCACCAUCCAGAGAGUUAUCACAAUAGAUGAUACAUUGUCUAUAGCUUAGUCCCUGUGAGUUACCCUAAUCACCAGCAGGAGUGCUUCAGUUGCUUAUCAUCAUACAUUUUAAGUGAUACAUUGCCUACAGCUUAGUUCCUUUGAGCUACCCCAAUGCAUAGGGUGAUAUCAACUAGUAGAUUAUCAUCAGACAUUUAAAAAUGAUAUUUGAUCUAUUAUCAUAGAUUUUUAUUUUCUGAAUUCUAAUAGAGUUAAAAACUCAAGUUCUUCCACAGUAAGAACAUGAAACAUUAUUAAUUUUUGGCUUUCACAAUUAAAGGCUUGACCUUGGGUUAGCCACCCCACUGUGUUCAUCUGUCAUAACAGUAGGGUAGACUAUGAAAUUCCUAUAUAGAAAAGCAACAAAAAACUGUUGUAAAGCCUUGAUACUUUAAAUUUCCAGUUAUAUCCAACAUGGUUCUUUCAACUGAAAGAAACUAUUGCAGGAAAUUCUCAAUUCUUAUAAAUAGAAAAACAACAACAACAACAAAAAACAUCAGAGAAAAACAACAAAAGAAACUUUGGCUUAAAAAUGGAGUAUUUCUCACCAAUUAUCUUUCCGUGAGUCAAUAUUAGCAAAGACAGUGUAAUCAGAAAUGCUCUUCUGUUGGAAGAGAGGGAAGGAAGUUUUAAUCCCAGGGUCCAAAUCUCCCCAACUCCAUUUCCACAAUGAAACCUGUGGUACAAAGAGAGAAAAGCAAAACUGAAGAUGACAUAAAACUCUGAUGCACACCUGUCCAGCCUUCUCACAAACCAGCUCAGUUGUUGGCUCUGGAGUGAAAUGACCUUGUAGGUCCAUGGUACUGCCUGGACCUAAUUUAACAUAAAAAGCACUUCUUCUCACUGCUGAAUGUGAAUCACUAGUGCUCUGAGCUGGUGCUGAUGAGAAGGAAUUUCUAUGGUAAUUACAUUUCCUUUAUAUAGCAAAAUAUUUGGACACAAAUGUGAAAUCAAUAAUAACUGUUUUAAAUUGUCUUCUUUGUAUAUAACUUGUUGGUGAAAUAGGGGUCCAGUUACUUCUCUUUUAAUAUUUUCAAUUGGUUCUUUUGCUAAUUCAGAAAACCUUUAUUAUAUCAUAUAUUUCAUUUUAAUUAUUUAUAUACAUACUCAAGAGCUAUACUGUUAUUUCCAUUAAGAAAUAGUCCUAACAUAUCUAUAUAUUAUAUGCUAAAGGGGGUUCGAAUGACUUUUAAUAUAUAUUCACGAAUCUCUCAUUUUAAAUCCUCUGUAAAAUAUUUGCAUGAGAUUUUUAGCAUACUAUAUUUGCUUGUUUUUUGCAUCUAUGAGUGUCAGUAUUCUGCAUAUAUUCUCACAGUAGAACGUAUACCCUAAUUUUUUUGUACCAGUAAAGCUGAUCUGUCAGCUAACAUGCACUGGAAAUAAAUAUGUCUGAAUACAUGCAUCCCUUGAACUCCUUCCUAGAGAUUUUUAUCAUGCUAACCACAAAAUGAAAAUUGGUGCUUUUGCAUAUAUUGUGAGCUCUCAAUAUAAAAUGGGGGGGGUAUUCUCUUUGUCAUUCUGUAAUGAUGUAAGGAACUUUAAUUUGACACCAUUGAGUUUGGUUUGGGUUGACAUGGUCAACUGGAUUUUUUUUUUUUUUUUUUGUCCUCGUCGAAAAUGCAUUCUGAUUCCUGAUUGAACAGUUGAUUUGAUCCUUAUUGCUUCUUUGUGAAAAGGAAAAAAAAGUGCAUUGAGUGGUUCUCUAAAUAGAAAUUCUAAAUAUUCAACUCUGUGUAAUGAUAUUUAUAACCCAGAAGGGUAUGGGGUAGAUAUAAUUUGGUGUUCCUAAAAUACCCAUUAUUUUCAAAUAACUGUCAACUGAAGUGAUCGUGGUAGAGGUGUCAUUUGUAAAUGACAAUUAUUAAUAAUGCUUUUCUUACCACACUGAGCUUGAAUAUGUUCAUUAAUGAGUAUCUUUGCCAAAUUUACCCAUUUUUAGAAACAUGAAAAUUUGGAUCUUAAAUGAUUAUUUUACAAUUUAAGACAAUUUGGUCUUGUUACUUGUAUCUUGCACUUGAUAUAUGUAGCAAUAUUUAGUAUUAUUCUAAUGUAAGUAUUUGUUAAGUGGCAUACUUACUGGGUGAUAAAAAUUUUGUAAAAAUAGGAUUUGUAUAGAAAGAAAAUUAGACAAGUUAUAUUUAUUUUUAUUGUUUAUUUUUUAGCUUAGAAAGUAUAUUAAUACUCCAUUUUUGCCAGAAUUAUUGGAAGUGCCUCUUGGUUUAUAUAUUUACAUACAUAGUCAAAAUUACUAAAAUUGUGUCAUAGAUGAUCAAUAUGUAUGUUACAAUAUGAAGAUGGUAUGUAAUAUAAAAGUGAUUCUGUGGUAUCAUGUUUGAUAUAGUUAUUUAUAUAUCCCGAGCCCUCUGGGCUCUUUAGUAAAAUAUCCACUAUAACUAUCUUAUAUGUUCCCGAGGUCCUGGGUGGGGUUGAAUUUCCAUGGCAAUGUUCCUAUCUCUGUUGAUAUUGAAUUCUUAGUCAUUGUCAUCCUCUAACUUUUAACCUCUAAGCUGUAUUCUUUCCGUAAUCAAAUAUCAUCAAACCCAAAUAUCCAACUUCAAGCAUUCAGAUUCAGAAUAAUAUGAAAUAAGGUAUUUUUGUUUAUACUAUAAAUAACCCCAUAGUAAUAUGGAGACUUUGGCUACACAUCUUGGAGUAUUAUAAUUAUUCAUAUGUUGAAAUAUAGGGGUUUGUUCUGUUUUUGCCAAUAGAAUAGCUUGAAUUAGGCUAAACUUUUGAGUGUUUCCUUUAGCUCACAGAGACCUCAGAAGCAAGUCUAGCAUGCAGUUUUGGCCAGAAGAAUUGACAUUUUAAUCCACAAGUAUUAAUUUUGCCAUUACUUAUGAAAUUCCACCCCAAUUCCCAAGCCUGUUAUUUGUGAGGUUCUUUUUCUUCUCACCCCACACUAAUCU